GCUGUUUGGUUUGGUUUGAAAGACAAAAUUAUGGCGGGUGUUCGUAUAUGGAUUGUGUGUUUGUUUUUGUUAUUGUUUUGCUUUAAAAGUGGAGUUCUUGGAUCAAAAUUAAACGUGCCACGAGUUCUUCUACCAUUGUUCAAUAGCUUCAACACUAAUUUUACCUUGGAGGUGGUGGACGCCGCAAGUGGAGGCUGUUAUAAAUGGACUACAUCCAGACCAAAUAUAGUGCAACUGCUGCCUGUUGAAGGAGAAUUACUGACAGACUGCAUGGGUAAAGUCGUAGUGACAGCAGUAACGAAAGAGAGAGUACGAAGUACUGCAAUAGUAUUUGCAGAAGAAACAAAUUCAGGACAAGUACUGAGAUGUGAUGUUAUUGUUGACGUUAUUUCUUCACUGGCGAUUGUAACAACAACAAGAGAGCUGUUCCGAGAGGAAGCACCAGAAGCAUUUGAAGCCAGAGCAUACGAUGACCAGGGUAAUGAGUUCACAACAUUGGAAGGAGUUGAAUUUGAAUGGUCUGUUAUAAAUUGGAAUCAACAGCCGGGUAGUCAUGAAACAACCCAGAAUAAUGUGUUAAGAUUCAUUACUUUCAAAGACUCUCCAUAUGAGACGCCAAGCACUGUAAUGGCACUUGAUAACCGUGGUCUUCAGGGACAUAUUGUACUAAUGGAAGGACUGAAAACAGGUUCAGCAAAGAUAUCUGUACGUCUGCCACAGGAAGAGUAUAGCAAUAUACCACCUAUUCAAGUAGAACUUAUGAUUGUGGCUAAUUUAUUAAUAAUGCCUUCCGAUGCAUACAUACUUACUGGAGAUUCUGUGAAAUUCCACAUUUACCAGAUUCAGCAUGGUAAACUUGAAGAAAUAAUAAAUUCACAGCAGUAUUAUUUGGAGAUGGAGGAUCAUAGCAUCGCUUCAUUAGAUAAGAGGACAAAUAUUGUGACAGGAAAAAAACUAGGAAAGACUAAAGUGUUGCUACAUGACCGCAAUGUGAAUGAGAAAGAGACUGGUAUAAAGAUACCAAGUGCAAGUUUGACCGUAGCAAGUCCUGCUUACAUCAAGCUAGACAUUUUACCUCAUCACAACUGGGCAGUUAUAGUAGAGGAUUACUAUGAAAUUGUAGUUGAGGUGUAUGACAAAGAGAACCACAGACUGAGCAUUGGUGAUGGUGUAGAAGUGGCUACUUUGAUACCUGAAGCAUAUUUUGAAAUACAAACAAAAUCUAAUAAUGGAACAUAUGUUUAUGGUUCACCGUCUGAAGUAGGAACAGCUCAAGUGCGCUCAACUCUCUUAUCUGUGACUGAUGUAGAGGGCCGCAUACAUGCAAUUUCACCAAAGAUUUCUGCUCAGGCAAAUCUUAUGAUUUAUAAGCGAAUAGCCAUCACACCUUCAGAGGUCUUACUUCCAUGGCAUCCCUUGAAGAGACCAAAGUAUGAAGUAAAACUCCAAGUAUCAGGUGGUGAUGGAAAUUUUGUAUGGCAAAGCAAAGACACCUCUAUUGCUGUUGUCACUCAGGCUGGAGUAGUAAGAACUGUCAAUCAAGGGCAUGUUGAGAUAACUGCUGCAAUGGACAUUAAUCGAAACAACUAUGCAGUGUCAAAUUUUCAUAUUUUGCCACCGCGCCAGCUGCAAAUAGUAGAAUAUUUGGCAGAAACAGAAGUGGGAAACUCUAUUUUUUUACAUGUUGCAAUGUUUGCUGAGAGGCCAGUAGAAAGUGAUAAAGCAAAAAAGAUAUCACUUGCUGCUUUCACACAAUGUGCAGACAUCCCAUUUCAGGUCCAGAUAUGGGACGAAAUUUUUUCAUUUAACGAGUCUCUUAAAACAGCACCCAUUGGCACAGCUUGUUCGUCUUUGGGUAUCACAGCUACGGAGUUGGGUACUACAAAAGUGACAGUGUCAUAUACACAAGAAGAAAUAACACUUGAAGAUAGUGUUACAUUAGCAAGUUACUGGCCAUUAAAGCCUGUCAAUCCAGCUAGUGGCGUUGUAGUUUUAGCUGUUGGAUCAGCAAGGACAGUAGUAUUUACUGGUGGACCAAGACCUUGGAUUGGACAUGCAUCUGAGCAUUUUCAUCACUUGGAGCCGACUCCCAGUGAAAAUGAUAUUAUAGAAGUAAUGGAACUCAGUAACAUUGUUUCAGAUCAGCCAGAUGUUUACACUUACCGUAUUUUAUGUAAGCAGCUUGGUGAAGCAGAAGUUACCUUGACAGUCACAAACAAACCGAUGGCUAGGUACAGAAAGCGCUCAGAAUCUGUUGCAACAGUGACUGUAUAUUGUGCAAAACCCCGUUACAUUUCACUAUUUCCAGAAAUUAAACUGACAGAGAAAGAACGUUGUCCAAUCAAUUACCAGAAUGAAAGAAUGGUGGUGCAGAAUUAUAAAGAUAUUGAAGUGGCUGUUAUUGUUACAGAUGAACAAGGUCAUGUAUUUGACAAUGUAUCAAGUUUGGACAUUGACUGGAUGGUUUCUGACGAAUCUCUUGGUAUUUUGCCUAAUCCAGACGAGAUGGUUUUUGAAAAUUUAGAAGAAAAUGGUCGCGUCUUCCCCUCACGCCAAUAUCAAGUGAUACAACCAAAAGGCAAGACUGGUGUCCUUGAAAUAACAGCACGUGUUGUCGGCUAUAAUACUCUUUUGCUGAGAGAAUUGGAAAUCAUUCCAGAAUAUCCCCCAUUUCCUGUCACUGAUAAAAAAGGCUAUGAGUCAACACCAGAAAUUGUGUCAACAUUGAGCCUUCUGUUAGUCAGCGAUACUAUUGUAACACCCAAUGUUGCUUAUGUUUUCAACCAUCCUGAUAAUAUGAUUAAACUCCAAGUAAGCCAAGGUUCAGGUUAUUAUGAACUUGUCCUCAGUUCUGAAGACGUGGCUGAUGUUACUUAUGUGGAAGGCUCCAGAAUUAUAGAAAUUGUUCCAAAAACAGAUGGUCAUUUAAAAUUGGCUAUGGUAGACCUAUGUCUUCCAUCAAAACCAGCACUAGCAGAAGUUCAGGUUUCAAGUGUAGGCAGCAUCAAAGUAGAAGUUGCUGAACAUGUAGAGAAGGGUCGAUGCAUUCCAGCUGUUGUUCAUUUAUAUGAUACAACAGGAAAUGUUUUGCCCAUUUCAGAUAUUUCUUUGUUGAAUCUUCGACCAUUAGCUGAUACAGCAGUCAUUGGAAUAAAACUUUUGCCUGACAAGGAGACCCUCAUGAAAGUAGGUUCCUUGGGAGAAGUCCAUUAUGUUAUUACUGGCUUGCAACUUGGCGAUAUAAACUUAAUUUUUGCCAGUGGUUUUGAAGGGAAUGAAGUGCUCAGUCACCCUGUUCCAAUUCAGGUUUUCCCACCUUUAAAACUCCUACCCCGAAAUGUCACACUGGUGGUAGGAUCUGUGUACCAGAUUAACAGUCAUGGUGGUCCACGACCAGCAUCACAUAUUGAUUAUUCUGUUAGCUCUACCUCAAUUGCAACAGUGAAUUCAGUUGGCCUUGUUGAAGGAUUUGGCCAAGGGAAAACAGUACUUGUUGGAAAAGCUGUGGGCAUAAACAAGGCAACAGGACAGAGGGUCGUCUAUUCAAAGGAUAGUGUUGAAAUAAAUGUCAUUCCUCUUGCUGCCAUUAAAAUUAAUGCACCAUUAAAUAGAAUAAUUGUUGGUGCUACAAUGCCACUUUGGGCUCAUGGUAUUCCUGAAGAGUUGACGCCCUUGAUUAUUGGUUGUGCAAGGCCAUCUCUGCUGUUUGAUUGGGCUGUUUCAGCACCUAAUGUAGUUCAAUUGAAUAAUGUUUACCAUGAAACUGGUAUUGUACUGAAAGAUGAAGAUAAAAUUUCCAUGCGAUUGACUGCUCUAAGGGCGGGCAUCUCAACUAUUUAUUUAAAUGUUACUGUACCUCCUAGAAUGUCUGCUUUUCCUCAAGAGCAGACAGUGAAAUUUGAAACUAGCUUAGAAAUUGAAGUGUUUGAAGAGCUGCGUCUUGCAUCACCACCCAGUGUAGGAGAAUUUCAGUCACCAUAUAUUUUGAUGGCUCCUGACACUGAAAUACAGCUAAAAACAAACCACGAAGGAGAUCUCAUGUACUCAGUGCUGGGUUCAAUUGAUCCUGCAGAGAAAGCAGAAUCAUCAGAUGUUGAAAGUAUCGACCGUGCAGUUAGUAAUGUGACUCCAUUGCUAACAGUGAAUGAACGUGGAUUAAUAAGAUCACAGAGUGCCACCGGAAGAACUGUUGUCACUGUAUCAGUGAAAGAAGGUUUUGGCUUGAAACAAGUACUUGGUGUAACAGUUGAGGUUAAACCAAUUCAUUACAUGAUGAUAAAUUUCAAUCCAAUUUUUCAUGUUGCUGAAGAUGAAACAGUCUCAGUGCUUCCAAAAGGCAUUACAGCAGAUUUUUCCAUCACUUACCAUGAUAACACAGGAAUGACAUUUACUACAGUUGAGUCAGAUAUCAAACUCAGAACAAAUAGAUUUGAUCUUGUUCAACUUAGCAAAAAACCAAAAGAUGGAUCGGUUCAUGCAACUUUUGAACAAGAGAGCUCAACAAUGCUGAAAAUCUGGGAUGACAUUGUGUUUCAGCAUUCUGCUGACUAUAUUAAACUUACAGUUGGAGAAAUUAUAUUGCCUUCAGUGAGGACCCUUACACUGGGGGAUGUAAUCUGUUUUUCAAUGCCUUUGGUCUCGCCAGAUGGCAAAACUGGUCACUGGAGUACUGACAGUGAAAAUAUACUGAGUGUGCAUCCACAUCUAGGCAUUGGUCGUGCACGACUAGUGGGCAGUGUGACAGUGCGUCAUCACUUGCCUAAUAAUAUAGUCACUAAUAUUCAACUAAGAAUUCUGCCUGUAUUCAAGGUAAAACUAUUGCCAACAAAACAACAUAUACUGACAAAUGCCUAUUUGGGUCAAUCGUACCGGGUACCUGUCGUGUUGUGCAGUGAACUUGACAAAACAAAAACUGUAAGCAUGCGCAGUCGAAAUGGAACAUGUCCUGAGGGUUACUUUGUCACUGCAUUUCCUUUUUAUUGCGCUAUUCGUUUCUCUGAUCCUGAUGCAGAAUUUGAUGUCGACGAUGUCUUUGCUGUCCAUCAAAGAUUUGACUUGGAAAAAGGUGAAUAUUCUUGUGAGAUCCUUGCUGCCGACGAUCCACCUCCGAGUUUAAGCACAUUUGAAGGAGAUGUUAUUUUAACAGUUGAAAGUGGUGGAGUUAUGUCUGAACCAAUGACAAUACCAUUCAUGCCUGCCAUUUACGUGAGCACACCUGAAAUUUACUUGUCAGAUGCAGAGAUGGCUGGAACAUUAAUUAUUAAUGGAAUACCUGAAGUUCUUAAGCAAGUAAAGGUGGAGUCAGAAAACACACUUCUUACUGUGGUAAAAAAGGAUUGUGCUGUCCGCCUAUCAUCAUCAUCUUACAGGAUAAUUUUGAGUGACGAGUUCUGGAAACUUGGAGAAUUAAGCUUAAAAAUGAAUGUCAGCGUUAUUUCUGAUCUUACCUGUCAGAAUUUGCAGGUUCCUGUCAAGAUGCGUCUAAAGGCUGACAAAGUUCAUUUACCAUCUCCUUGUUUAGUGACGCAUUUGACUUCAUGGGGAACAUACAUCAGUGAUGGCCUAUAUAACUACAGAUAUCUUAUUGUGAUCACCUUGAUUGUUAUUCUUAUGGGAACUAUAUACAGUUACAGGUUUAUUGCUGUUCCAAUGGCAACCAGGAGAGGAGAGUCAAUGAUAUUAGGACCAUCUUCACUUCAGCUAACAAAAAGACAAUCAAUUUAUGAUGCAGCAGGUAGUGGCAGUAUCAGCAGGCCUAGUAAUUUAAUGAUUCGUGCACCAUUUUCUACAACUGAAGCUGUAUAUGGAGACCCAAGGACACCAUUCCAAAAUAUUGAUGCACAUCGAAGGAGAACUUUUCUGUGAUGAAGCCAGUGUGGACACUGGCAUGUUGUAAUUUAUUGUUUAGUAGAUGUGUUGGUUCUGGAAACUGUGGUUUACAAGUGGGUCAGAUGACGUGUUCCUGUGAUACAACAUUCUAAUGUAGUGUUGCUUCUUCUGGUGUUCUCUCCACCUGAAGUGUUCAAAUUGUGAAGUCCUGUAAAUAAAGGAAAGUUUUUACUUUGUCCAUUUGA